AUGACCUCUACUACCAACAGUAGCAACACACCCAGCAGGAUAGCGGUGGCUUCAAAUUCAAAUUUUCACUUCAUCAAGCACUUGGAAACAAGGCGAUAUGGACUGAAGGAGUACAAGAUAGGCUACGAAGACUUGGUAGCGUUCAAAUUGUACAGCAACUUCUAUGAAUGCUCUACAAAGAACACAGAAUGUGAUCCCAACUAUGGAGGAAUCUUCAACCUAGAGUUCAGCUUGGACGGCAAGCUCUUAGUUGCUGUGUGUGAAGGGAAACAAGUCCUUCUUUUCGAUGCUGCAACUCAGAAAGUAGUACAUACAGUUGAAAAUGCGCACCAACAUUGUGUGAAUUGUGUGAAGUUUUUAAAUAACAUACAUUUUGCAACAUGUUCGGAUGACACCUCAAUAAAACUGUGGGAUAUACGUAAUGUGAAGUAUAGUAUGCGAACCUUGCAUGGCCAUUCGAACUGGGUAAAGAACAUUGAGUGGUCUGAAAAGGAAAACGUUAUGGUUACCUCAGCUUUUGAUGGCAGUGUCUAUGCCUGGAAUUUAAAGAGCCAUACUGAAAAUAAUAUGCUGUAUGACAAAGUUUUCCUCAUGAAUGGCCUAAUGAGAAUGAAACUUACAGGAGAUGGUACAAAAAUGGUGAUUUCCACCACCAAUGGAUACAUGAUAAUCAUUCAUGACUUAAAUCUCAAAACAUUAGCCACUGAUUUGCGAUCCUUCAGGCCAAACUUGUACAGAUUAAUGCAGAUAAGUGAUCAGUGUUUUCCUGUUGGAACUAUCUACAAUUAUCUAUUUUCAACAACAAGAAAAAGGAAUAGGAUUGAAUUCAUAGAUGACUUUCCCAAUGAUGCUGCUGUGAUUAGCUCGUUACAAAUUCACCCACAUGGCUGGUGUGCUGUCUCAAGAAACCUUACCGAGGAAGAAAAUGAAGAGUGGACCUGUGUACAUGACAUACAAACAAGAGAUCCUAAGGACUAUGAGAAUGCAUUUAGCCAGAUUGAGGAGGAGAUCCCUGAAGAAGUCGACUCGGAGGAAUUGAACAAUCAUAGGCCUACAGAUCUUUGGAUGGGGUACCUUUCUCUGGAUGAAUACAGUAACCGCCAUAGAGAACUAAGUAAUUCUGCACAUGAUGUUUGGGAGAACCUGCCGUCUAUGGGAAUACUGAACAGUGGCUUGAUAGGACUAAACACUUCAUUCAGUGUAUACUUUUCUCAACAUCCUGAGCAUAGAAAUAAAAUAAUAAGGAAUCUACCGAGGAUGACCCAUUUCAUAAAAGAAGAUAUUGUUGGGAAGGGGUAUAUUAAAGAACCCUGCUUUUCUAAUGAUGGUAGAAUUAUCUGUUCACCCAGUAACAAAGGGAUAAGACUGUUAGCUUUCAAUGAGAAGUGCCAAGAGUUAUCGAUGUGUGUUCCUGAUAAUCCUCGGCAAUUGAAGAGUAUUGUGGAGCUGGAGAAUUACCAUAAGGAUGUUGUGGUAUCUUGUAAAUUCAGCCCCAAUCAUUACCAGCUGGUUAGUGGAUGUUUGGGUAGUGAAAUAAAGUGGUAUAGGCCAAUAAUAUAA